AUGCCCUCUUCGAAGCGUAACCGUGUCAUUCCGACCUCCAAAACACGCAAGAACCGCAAAGACCUUGUGCGCCGACUCGCCGCAAAUGUCCAAGAGGCCGCUGAAAAAUACUCCUACAUUUGGGUUUUUGAUGUUCAGAACACCCGCAACAACUUCCUGAAACAGGUCAGAGCGGAAUUCGAUGACUCAAGGAUCAUGAUGGGAAAGACAAAGGUCAUGGCAGUAGGACUAGGGACCACUCCGGAAACCGAGUGUGUUCCUGGCGUUGGUGCAUUGGCCCCAUAUGUGAAAGGAGACAUUGGGUUACUAUUCACAGAUCGCGAGCCCGCAGAGAUUGAGGAGUACUUUGAGAACUUCUCAAACCUUGAUUUUGCAAGAAGCGGCUUUACAGCAUCUCAAGAGAUCAGAAUUCCCCCUGGUGAGCUUUAUACCCAAUACGGCGUCGAUGGUGGUGAGGACGACCCUCUUCCUAUUCAGAUCGAACCAACGUUGAGGAAACUCGGCAUUCCCACGCGGCUGGUCAAGGGUAAGGUGGUUCUGGAAGAGCGCCCAGAUGGCUCAAUGGAUGAUGAGGACGGCUACUUGGUCUGCAAAGAAGGCGACAUACUGGACUCCAGGAAGACCUCCAUCCUCAAAAUCCUAGGUGUUCGUAUGUCUGAAUUCAAGAUUGAGUUGCGGGCUGUUUUCAACAAGAACGAAGCAAGUGUGCGCGAAAUCGGAGGCAUGGAGUUGGAUGCGAUUGCGGAAUGA